UUGUACAUACACGUGUUUGCGUACGUGAUAGAUGUUCAAUUUUUGGUAUUAUUUUCUUUCGUGUGUAGAUGUUCAUUUUAGUUCACCUACGUAGAGGUUCAGUUCAAUGAAGUAUGGAAUGAUGAUCUUUUCUUAUUGUAGUUUUUACAUGAAGUGAUCAGUGUUUAGAAUUUAGUUUUUAGUUUGUGCCUUGAAUUUUUCGUGAUAAUCUCCUCGACCAUGGUUGCUACUGCUGAAAGAAGUUUUCCUCGCGGUGGGACAAAACCAGGAGUUGCGUCACUCAAGAAACAAACAUUCAGCCUCUUUGGUAAGAAGAAAACGUCCAGUAAGAAACCCAGCAGGAAGCAACAAAGGAAAUUAAAGAAAGGAGCUGUAUCAAAAGUAACAAAGGUCCCUAAAACUUACACUGCAGUAGGUAAAACUGUGAAAAAAUUGACCUAUAAGGAACUAAUUGAAGGAAUGCUGGUUUUGGGAUGUGUGAAAGAAGUACGGGAAUAUGACCUGUCUGUUAAUCUUCCUGGUUGUCUUGUGGCGAAAGUACCAGUGACAAAUAUCUCUGCUGCGUACACAUCAGUUCUUCAGUCACUGACUGAAGGAAAAUCUCCAGAUGGUGAUUUCUACAAGUUACGUCAGAUAUUUUUGGAAGGCCAGCAUGUUGUUUGCAAAGUAACUCAGGUCCGUCGUACAGAUACUGGUGGCCACAGAGUAACUGCAACAUUGGCUCCUCAUGAAUUGCAUGCAGACUGCCCACCAGCAUCUCUUGUUGUGCAAGGAACUGUCUUAACAACAGCAGUAAAGAGUGUGGAAGAUCAUGGCUAUGUUAUGGACACAGGCAUGUUUGGUGUCCGUGCUUUUUUGAAAAAGGAUUUUGCGAAAGAGUAUGAGAGAGUAUGGAACUCUGGAAGACCGCUUGGUGUGGGACAGCUGGUGCGAUGCGUGGUGUCCAAAGCUGUCAGUGCAGGGAACAUAACAACUGUUUCACUUACAGCUGUACCCAAUGCUGUAGCAAGUGCAGUGCAAGAGGACACUCCUCUUCAUUGUUUACUUCCAGGUGCUCUUGUUAAUAUUACCAUUGCAGAGGUGCUGAGAAAUGGACUUCGUGUGUUGUAUAAUGAUGACAAAGUUGGCUAUAUCUCUGAGAGGCACCUGUCAACACCUGGCAAGAAGCUGCAAAAUUAUUCUGUUGGCAGUGAGUUAAAAGCGAGGCUCCUGUAUAUCCUGCCUACUGUUAAGAUUGCAUACUUUUCUUUUGACCCUACAAUAUUAUCAGCAGAUCUACCAAUGUCACCAUUCACUACAAUUAAUAUUGGGGAAAUUAUUGUCAAAGCAAAGGUGAUUGGUAUUGAUGCGAAUGGUGUAAGCAUUCGACUUGGAAAAAAGAACCAGGGUUUAAGAGGUUUAGUUUCAAUGUUCCGUAUUCGUAAGGAACUUUCAAAAGAACCAGAAGUAUCACUUAUUAAAAGAUUGGGAAGGCUAUACCCUAUAGGUGCAAAACAGAAGUGCAAAGUCAUAGGAUACGAUUUCAUGGAAAGGUUAUUUUUCUGCACAUUUGAGAAAAAUCAGUUAGAUCAUCAGCCUCUUGGCAAAAAUCCACUAUCUCUGGGGCAGAAGGUACGAUGCAUAGUGAAAAAAAUUGUCAAAAGUGGUCUUGCUGUGCAGGUUACACAUGGCAAGAAGUUAUUUGAUGCUACUGUGCCACCACUGCAUAUGUCUGACGUGCCACUGCAACAUCCAGAAAAGAAGUUUACAACGGGAUUAAAAUUCAAUGGAAGGGUUUUGUCAUUGAAGGAUGGCAAGUUGCGGCUGACUCUCAAACCUUCAUUAGUGUCUUCAAAGGUGCCUCCUGUAACAAAGCCUGACGAUUUAAUACCCGGUCUAGAAUGUGAAGGUGUAAUUGUGCAUCUAUCAGAGAAAGGUGCAUUGAUAGCGUUUUAUGGAGAUGCUCGUGGUUGGCUACCUGCCAAAAAAAUCAGUGUGGAGCGUGUAAAUCCAGCUACAGUUUUUUAUCUUGGACAAGUGGUUUGCUGUUAUGUUGAUGAAGUUAACUUGGAUAAAAAUAGUGUAAUCCUUACACUAUUGCCUCAUGGAAAAGCCAGUACUCAUACAAAUAUUAAAUUUGGAACUGCUUACAACUUGGUGGUGAAAAGUGUCCAACCUGAUGGCCUGCAUGUAGCUGUUGAAGGAGUCAGUGCAGCGGUUGAGGGGCUCGUGCCAUUGCAUCUGUUAAGUGACCACACUGGACUGUUACAUCUGUUACUACAAACAUUCCAGACAGGAGAAACUUUGCAUAAUGUGUUUUGUUGUGAGGAGGGUUUGCAUCCGAAAUUCACCCUGAGGCAGUCACUUAAUGAUUUCUUCAAUUGGUGGGCAUCAAGAACUGAUAACACUGUUGGUUGGGAAGCACUUGAGAAAGAUCUUAUUGUGCCAAGUGUUGUCACUAAAGUUGAAGAAAAAGGUGUUAGUGUACAGCUUCUCUUUCCAGGCAUACACAACAAUUUCUUUAUCCCUGUUAAGGACCUCAGUGAUGUUGGAAAGAGUGUCACUGAAUUAGGUAUUCAACAGAACCACGUAUUAACUGUUAAAAUUCUCAGAAUUGUUGCAAAUAAAAACAAACUUGUGCUAUCUGCAAAGGUGUCUCACUGUUGGAAUGGCAAUAUUCAAGAUGGUGUGCUGUUAUUGGCUAGCUAUUUGCAUGACAAGCAGCGAAUAUUACACCAUCUGAGUGAGAAGAAUGAGCCACUAGCACAUCUAAAACCUGGUAUGAUUGUUGAAGGUUGUGUCUCAUCAGUUUCAAGCUUGGGUGCUGUUUUGCAACUUACGUCUGGUGUUCGAGCUGUUGUUGAAUCUCAUCAUUAUAAUCCAGAUAUCAAAACAGAAGUUGGUGCAAAAGUAACAGGUAAAGUUAUCAUGGUUGAUGUUGGGCACAAUUGUGUUGAUGUAACUCUUCGCCCUGAUGUGCUAGAUAGGAUUGGCACCAACCAAGAUCUUUCAGAGUUAGAGGCUGGACUCAGUGUACGUGCUGAGACAUUAUUAGUGAAACCAGAAUGUGUCAUUGUGAGCUUGCGUGGAGUUGGCUUGUACAAUCUUGCAUCAGUCCCCACCAGACGACAUAUCAAUGAUAUACUUCCUUUUACACUUCUCUUUAGCCUGGGAAAAGUGUCAAAAGUUGUCCUGCAACUUGUUGAAAAUGAUCUCAUCAUUGUCCUGCCAAAAACUUAUGUAACAAAGCCACAACUUCUGAAAAAAACAAAUAUGUUAUACCAUGACAUGCUGGUGGCUAAAAAUUCUGGUACUGAAAAUAAAUCUGAAAUUGUAUCAGUGGACAUUAUGGAAGGGUCUGAUGUUGAGAAGAAACAACUUCUGAUAGAAGACGUUGGAAUCAAAAAGGAAUUGGAGAGCAGUGGAGUUGAUGCAGGUGUCACCGAUAUUAACAGUGACAAAAGGCAAAAAAACAGAAAGAGGAAAAUUUCAGAGACAGAACAGCAGUGCAGUCUCCUUGACAGUCAUGGAAGUAAAAGCAUAGCAACACCGAGUAAGGCGAAGGAAGCCACUACUAACAAAAACAAUGAGACUUCUCCUCCCAAAAGAAAAUUACAGGUGCCUCACAGCAGUUUUAAGGAGGAAACUGAUAGUGAGUGUGUCCAUCCUGAUGAAUCUCAUCUUCAAGACUCAGUCAGUGGUUGUCCAGAGUUUCCACUGUCCCCAAAGAAGAAAUUAAAAGAUUCCUCUUUUCACACAGAUUGUACUGGAACUGAAGUCAAACCCUUGGGCUCAGGCACUACAUUUAUUUGGAAUGCUGAUCCAUCCAUGUUACCAGCUGUAAGAGUUGUUCAGGCACAGAAUGAGAGUUCCAGUGAUGAGGGUGAUGACCAAGAAGUUAGUAGCAAAAAGCGGAAAAAAUUAUCAGCAGCUGAACGACGUGAGCUAGCUCGUCAGGAAGAGGAGAAACUACGAGAAGCAGAAAGACGUCUUGCUGAUUCGCAACUUGUACCACAGUCUGCAGAUGACUUUGACCGUCUUGUUCUAGCUUCACCCAACAGCUCCAUGUGCUGGAUCAAAUACAUGGCAUUCCAUUUACAGGCAACAGAGAUAGAGAAAGCUAGGGCAGUUGCCUUCCGUGCCCUGAAAACUAUUUCGUUUCGUGAAGAGCAAGAGAAACUGAAUGUGUGGGUAGCGUUGCUCAAUUUAGAAAACUUAUAUGGCACAAAGGAAAGCCUUGAUAAAGUUUUAGAAGAUGCUGUGCAGGCCAAUGAUCCUUUCAAGGUUAAUAUGCAAAUGUUGCAAAUUUAUGCUGAUAGUGGUAAACUGCAGGAGGUUGACCAAUUGAUUGGACAAAUAAUGAAACGAUUCAGCAGCAACAAGGAAAUGUGGCUGCAUGCUGGUGGAGUGCUGAUGCGACUUGGGCAGUUGGAUAAAGCUCGUGAUCUCCUACAGAAAGCUCUUUCAAAGCUUGAUAAGAAGCUACAUGUGGAAGUAAUUUCAAGGUUUGCUCAUCUGGAAAACAAACAUGGAUCAGCAGAACGGGCUCAGACACUAAUGGAACACAUUUUAGCAUCAUACCCUAAGAGAGUGGAUGUGUGGUGUAGUUAUGUUGAUAUGCUUGUCAAAGCAGAACAGUUUGAAAUUGCCAGGAAAGUAUUAGAAAGAGCUGUUGCCCAACACCUCCCUGUUCGAAAAAUGAAAGCGCUCUUCAAGAAGUUUCUUCAGUUUGAAGAACAGCAUGGUACACCAGAAGGAGCUGAACGAGUUCGGCAGAUGGCAUUGGACUAUGUUGAAUCAAGUACAGUUGCAUGUGAAAGUGAAGCAAAAGACUAGCAUUGUGACUUUUUACAUUUCACAUGAAAUAAUUGUGUGUACAUUGCAACCAGUGUGCAAAACUGGUCACCAUUUUAUGUACCCGAGUGCUUACGUUUCCUGAUAAUGUGUAAAAAUGAUUUUAUAUGAACAGAAUAAAAUAUUUAUUGAAUAGACAAA